AUGAGAACUCGCACCGCUCUCAACGUCGCAUUGGUGUGUACGAGCGCCUUGACGUCUGUCUCGUUGGCCAAGUCUGCUGGUUUCAGGGCUUUGGUCAAGAAUUUCUUCACGGAUGACGACGCCACCGAAGCACAAGAAGCAACGAAGUACGUAGACGACCGCACGUGUGAGUACAACUGGUUGUCUUUGAGCUGCAAGCCGAAAGACAAGUGCUCUAUCCAGUACCAAUUCGGUGACGUGACGCCCUCCCAAGCCUGCCGAGUGACAGACAACAGCGACCACUCCCGCGACCCGCAGCAAUUUCACUUGGCGUUCGCCGGCGAGAAGCCUGGCACCGGUAUGACGAUCUCCUGGACUACGUAUGGUCCCGUGGACGAUCCUGCUGUGUGGAUUGGGUCGAGCAAAAGCAACGUCGCGCGGGUGAAGACUGCUAAGAUUGAAGUGAAGCAGUACUUCAAGACGGAAGACUACACUUUGUUCAGCCACCACGCCGUUGUGACGGAUCUCAAGCCAAAAACCGAGUACUUUUACAAGGUGGGCAGUGCUUCGAAUGCGAAGUUCCAGAGUGCUGUGAGUUCGUUCACGACGGCUCGGACUAGUGAUGACAAAAGUCCGUUCGUUGUUGCAAUCUAUGGAGACCUGGGCACGGAAGUGAACUCCAUUGCAACGAACAAGUACAUCAACGGCUUGGACGGCAAGGUCGACUUUAUCUACCACCUCGGCGAUAUCUCGUACGCCGACAACGAUUUCUUGACGGGCAGGACCGCGUUCGGCUUCUUUUAUGAGGAGGUCUGGAACAAGUUCAUGAACUCGCUCACCUCUGUCAUGCGUCGCAUGCCGUACAUGGUCGUCGUUGGCAACCAUGAGGCCGAGUGCCACUCGCCAACGUGUAUAUUGUCAACGUCCAUGAAGAAUCAGCUGGGCAACUACAGCGCCUUUAACUCGCGCUUUCGCAUGCCGUCGCCGGAGAGCGGUGGCGCACUUAGCAUGUGGUACUCCUUCGACUAUGCGUCUGUGCACUUUACGACCCUCUCGUCCGAGACCGACUUCCCGAAUGCACCGACAAAUGCUUACUACACGCAGCGAACGUACGGGAAUUUCGGUAACCAGUUGGCGUGGCUGGAGGCCGAUCUGAAGGCUGCCCACGCCAACCGUGCCAAAGUGCCCUGGAUUGUUGUCGGCAUGCACCGUCCUAUCUACACGUUGCGGUCAUGCGAUGCAAACGGUGUGCCGAACGACAAGUUCGAGGCACUAAAAGUGCAACUGGCAUUUGAGAAGCUCCUGAUCAAGUACAAAGUGGAUAUCGUCUUCAGCGGCCACGUGCAUUCAUACGAGCGACUGUUCCCGACAGCUAACAGUAAACCGGUCAUGGAGGGAGUGUCAAAGGAUGGCAAGACGUACACGAAUCCAAAGGCUCCCGUCUAUGUUGUUGCGGGCUCCGCUGGCAACUCCGAAGGUUUGUUUCAGUACAAACAGCCUCCGUCGCCAAAGUGGUUGGCUCUGCGGGACACGAACCACUUUGGCACUACGACCAUUACCGUCACUCGGUCGACGCUUACGGUAACGUUCAUUGAGUCUGCCACGGAGAAAGUGUACGACGAGUUCAACAUCGUCAAGGACCUCCCGGGAGAAUGA